AUGUUUGUAACGGGGUUGUUCAGCAUAACCGCGCGAAACGUGACCGUAUCACAAUCUUCUUCCCACCAUGUCAGUGACUCCAACGAAAUGAUAGACUACAAAAGCACUUCCAGUGAUCCCCUAAUUGAAAGAGUGUCUUCAGCAAAUCUCGAUGGCCCCAUUUCACUCACAUGGUUAUGGGAAAUAAUAGUACGCACAAAACGUCUACCAGAUGAUUUAGAUCCGAAAGUUCCUUUUAUUGUCCUGCGAGAUCGACUGAGAAAUCCUGAACGCGAAGUCCGCCAACAUGCUUUGAGAGUUCUCGCAGAUUUAAUUCCGGUGAUCGACCAGAAUCUUCUAGACAAACACUUGGAGUUUCUCCUCCCGGAUUUAAUCAUAAAUCUGUCACAUCUAGCACCAGCAGUACGGAAAAGCACAAUCGAUGUUCUCAAAAUAUAUUUGAAACACAGUCCAUACCCAAAUGAAGCCCUCAAAAAAUUGAUGACUGCUGUCGCCGAAGAUAGUCAUUUGAAGCAAGGACUUCUAAUGGCAGUUCCGUAUUUUUCAAAUUAUCAGAUUAGUGAAGACACUUUGAUUUUUUUGAUACGGCAAUUAUUCGCAGCUACGAAUCAGGAUUUUCUCAAAGAGACCUCAAUCUGUUCUUUGAUUAAGACAAGAUCUAGACUUGGGACUGAAAGAUUUAAUAAUUUGAUAGGGGACAAACUGAACGAGUUUUUGGAACUUUGUAACCAACAAAACAUUCAUUUGAAAACGAUUGAACCCAAUGUAAUUCUCGAAACUGAGAUAACUCUAGAAACAGGUCCAGCUAUCACAAUGAAGAUACACGAAGAGGAAGAAGAAGAGAACUCUUCAAGCAACGAAAUUGUAAGACACACCGAAAGCGAUUUGGAAAUGGUCACUCGGAGUCCUCGCAAAGUCCACUUUGGGGGUGAAGUGGUUAAAAUGCGGACCCCUGAGAGCGACUCCACUCAGCAAUCAAGUGACGAUAACGAUAUCCACACUUCAGUAAUUAUAGAUCGGCCUACCAGCAUUAAAAUCACCGUCAGUGAUAACAUUGCUGCUAUCAAAACUCGGCAUAAGAGUAUGAUUCCGGUUAGAAUUACCACAGGGUCGAAUCCGGCAACUCCCCGGAAGAAAAUCAAAGCGAGAAGAUUAUACAAAUCUGCGCCUGAUCUUGGACGAAAUUCCAAGAUUCCACUCCCCUUUAACGGGAGUUCUAAAAAGAAAAACAAAGACAAGGAAAAUGAAGAAAAAUUCAGGCGUCACAGUAGAGGUGAGGACGAGUUUAGUCCAAUUCCCAUCCACGAGGAGAUUGAAGUUUUCCACAAUUUAACACGAAGUCCUCAAAGGCCUAACACGGAAUCCGACUCUAACACAUUUACCAGUUUCCAGAUUUGUCAAGACAAAGAAAAUCAAGAUUCAAGUAAUUUGUCUACUUGGGAAAUUAUCCUUCGUGAUCUUAGUCAUAAGGACGUUUGGAUUAAAAGUCGGGCUUUGGACGACCUCAACCAACUUCUCCGCAAAAACACGCCAAUUACAAUCACAUCUCAACUUUUCGAAAGUUUAUUUUCGUGUGAAAAACAACCACGCCUUCAGUCACGAGCUCAGGAAACUCUCAUUCUGACUAUUAACCGAAUCACUCCCCAAACUAUCACUGAAACGUAUCCUCAACUCGUCAACGAUUCAAUAAGAGUAUCACCACCUCCAGGUGUCCGCCUCUCCCUCCUUCUCAUGCAACGAACUUCUCCUAGAAAAUUCUUCGAAACCUUGAAAGUCGAGCCAAAAGACCGAGAAGCUGCCCUCCAAGCCCUAAUUGCCGCAACUAGGACUUUUCCAAGCUCGGAAAUCGACAUGAAUCGCGGGAUUUCAAUGGCUUUUGAUGCUAUGAAAGAUUCGAAAAGGGCAGUUAGACAAGCUGCGCUUGAAGCUUUGGCUAGUUUGGCCCAAGUGGCUGGAAAUACGAUGAUACUCGAUGCUGUUCAUGAUAUGUCAAAGGAUUUGGACGAUUCGGAACAUAUUUUGACUAUUGUGCGGAUGAGAUUGUCGAGAAGACAACUGCCGACUGUUGAUUUAAACGGUAGUGUGAGAUACUCGAGUCCUCGGGAAGAAGAAGAGUUGGAAUGGUUGUGUGGAGGAGGUCCCCAUCUGACAAAAACUUCAUCUUUGAAUUCGAUCAAAGUGUCGAAUUACUGGAAGCACAAUUUGCGGCACGAAAUAGAGGAGGUGAAUGACAAUUCAAAAACUGAAAAUGGGAUUCUCUGCCCUGUCUACGUCCUUCGCGACACUUCGCAAGUCAAUGGUCGCCACUACCGGAAUUAUGAUCGGGGACGGUCAAACUCGCCUCCAAGUCGUCAAGAUAGCUUCAGUGAUAGCAGUGGGAAAAAUCAAGGAAAACGGUUUUUCAGACAGAGUGAUCAUCAAUUCCGGAAGAGUUUUUCUUCGGAGCAAAUUUAUAACGGAAGUUAUAACAACUCGAUGUCUAGCAGCAGAUCGUCAACGACUUCUACUGUUUCUUCUCGGAGUGGUCUUUGGUUGAAGGAUUUUCGAUCAGGGAUUCCAGUUCCAAUAUCCUCUGAUACGAAAUUGAAAUUUCGAACGCAUAGACAUUCAUCGGACUCUUUUAAUGGCCCUUUGGUUGCUCAAGAGCCGAUUAAAAACAGAACUAAACUAGAAACUACCCAACUCACUCCAAUUCGGCUGAACUCAACUCAUAGUUUUACUCAACAAAUUCCUCCUCCGUCAUCAGGGUCUGAAUCUUCGGGCUAUUUUACACCACCAGCUGAGCAUCACUUGAAAGAAGAAGAAGGUGAAGAAGAGAAUAAUAAUUUACAAGAACCUAAUUUUCAAAUAGUCGAGUCUGAAAAUUCUGAAGUUCACGAAGUUGAAGAUAUUAGACAAUCGUCGGCAAGUUCUGCUGAAAUCCGUGAAGUUUCUUACGAUGAAGUCGACAGGCACGAAAUCAAACGUUUUAAUUCGUUGGAAGAUGUCGAUUUUACGGAAAAUCGCCAUUUUUCCGAACCUAGGAGCAAAUCCCGGACUGAACCCUCAAUCAAAUCCAGUUUACCGGAAAUAUCUGAACGCAAAAACAACUCUGCCCCCCCACUCGAACUCCCUCUAGUGCCUUACAAAUCCCCCGAAGUAACCCCAAUUAAAUCGCAACUCCCGGGUUCAGUAGCCUCCAACGAAACCACACCCAAGAAACUAUCGGGUCAAUCACCAAGACGCCUUACCCGACGCAACACGAGUUUGAAAAGAACGGGAAAAUCGCCCAAAACACCGGCAAUUAGUCGACCCAAGGAAAUUCUAAACCAGGCUUUAGCCCAAAUGGAGAGCUGUGAUUGGGAGACAGUAAUUCAAGGCUUAAAUUCUCUCACCAGACUCUCACAUACGACUCCGGAAGCUUUAGAGCCGCAAAUGCAUCAGAUUUGCAUGACUUUAGCUAAAAAUAUCAAAAAUUUGAGGUCUCAAGUAUCCAGGAGUGCGUGUCAUGCCUCGAGCGAACUUUUCAAUUCGUGCAAAAAGGGCCUAGAAAUGGAGUUAGAGGAACUAGCCACUCCUCUCCUCCACCGCACCGCCGACACCAACAAAUUCUUGCGAAGUGACGCAAAUGCGGCCCUGGACGCCAUGGCUCUUAAUAUGUCGGUGCCCAGAGUCGUUGCUGUGAUUGCCAAUAAAGGAUCGACUCACCAAAAUGGGGUUGUUAGAGGAGCGGCGACGAGACUUAUGAGUGAUUUGGCGAUGAGACUCGGUUCUGACAAAAUUUUUCAAUUACCGAAGGAAACCAGGGAUAAAUUUUUCCUAGUGGGUGCUAAUGGUUUGACUGAAGGGAGUUUGGAGACGCGAAAACAUGCGAAAGCACUGAUGUCGGCGCUUGUGGGCCACGGGAUGUUUCACAAAGUGUUGGUUGAGGCUGUGCCUCAACACACAUUGAGGCAUAUUGCCAAAACCAUAGCUGGGUUGAAGUGAGCAGGGCACUUCUUCCAUUUAUGUUUCUAGGAGGUAGGAGAAUCAAUUGUUUUAGGUUGAGGUUUUUAUUUAUAUAAAAUUUAUGGCAAAA